UCGCACAGGCUAAGCUGACCUCUGCGGCUGAAACAAGCGCGAAGUCUCAUGGGGCUGUGGUGCGAGUGGAGAGUCCUACUUCGACACUGACUGCUGAUUACGGUGGAAACACGAAAAUCUAUGAUUACAAUUUUAAAUUGAAAUUAAAUUAAAGAGCCCUAUAUAAAGCACCUCCUCUCUUUCAGCCUUGAGUCACUCUCCUUUGGACUCUCGGCCUUUAUUGAGCUCUAUUGCAGAUUCUCUGAAAAAAAAAAAAAUUCUCUUGAAAAGAAAAGAGAAACCUGGAAAAAUCAGAUACUUCUUUUAUUCUACGAUAAGAAAUAUCUUCGUUGGACCGAGAAACCGACUUUUAUACGAGUAGCCGCAUAGGUCCUUCUUGUUCAUUGGUAUUUUGCCAGAACUUCCUGUCACUCAUUGCAUUAAAAUAAACUGAACUCACUCUGAUUCGGGAGUUGGCAUAUUCUUACUAUGGACCGAGAUAAUUCUAGUGCUGAACUACACCAGAAAAGGCAUGGGCUCUUGAAAGACCAAGUCAGAUUGGUUAAGAGAAAGGAUUGUGAUCGCUACGAGAUUGUUCCAAUUCAACAGACUUAUACAUUUGAGAAAGGAUUUUUUCUAUUUAUCCGUGCAUGCCAGUUGUUGGCCCAAAACAAUGAUGGAAUAAUACUGAUAGGUUUAGCAGGUCCUUCAGGGGCUGGGAAGACUGUUUUCACAGAGAAGGUACUCAACUUCAUGCCCAGUGUUGCUGUCAUUUCAAUGGACAACUACAAUGAUUCUAGCCGAAUUGUUGACGGCAAUUUUGAUGAUCCACGCUUGACAGAUUAUGACACAUUGCUCAAGAAUGUCCAUGAUUUGAAGGCAGGAAAAUCAGCGGAGGUUCCAAUAUAUGAUUUCAAGUCUAGCUCCCGCAUUGGAUACAGGACGGUUGAGGUCCCAACUUCUCGUAUAGUGAUUAUCGAGGGGAUAUAUGCCUUGAGUGAAAAGCUGCGACCUCUGCUAGACCUUCGAGUAUCAGUGACUGGGGGAGUUCAUUUUGACCUUGUGAAACGGGUCCUAAGGGACAUCCAUCGUGCUGGCCAAGCACCAGAGGAAAUUAUCCAGCAGAUAUCUGAAACGGUAUAUCCAAUGUACAAAGCUUUUAUUGAGCCAGAUCUUCAAACAGCACACAUAAAAAUCAUAAACAAAUUCAAUCCUUUCUCUGGAUUCCAGAGUCCUACUUACAUAUUGAAGUCAGCAAAAAAGGUGAAGGUGGAUCAAAUCAAGGCUGCUCUCUCUGAAGACCAUACGGAGACAACAGAGGAGACUUAUGAUAUAUAUCUUCUACCACCUGGUGAAGAUCCUGAAUCUUGCCAGUCCUAUCUGCGAAUGAGGAACAAAGAUGGAAAAUACAAUCUUAUGUUCGAGGAAUGGGUAACAGAUGCUCCUUUUGUUAUCUCGCCGAGGAUCACUUUUGAAGUCAGUGUGCGGCUUCUUGGUGGUCUAAUGGCUUUGGGAUACACAAUAGCAACCAUCCUUAAAAGAAGCAGCCAUGUAUUCAUCAACGAUAGAGUGUGUGUGAAAAUUGAUUGGCUGGAACAAUUAAAUCGUCAGUAUGUUCAGGUGCAAGGAAGAGAUCGCUUGGUUGUGAGAUGUGUUGCAGAGCAGCUAGGUCUGGAAGGCUCAUAUGUUCCGCGGACCUAUAUAGAACAGAUUCAGCUGGAAAAGCUUGUUAAUGAAGUUAUGGCUUUACCAGAUGAUUUGAAGUCAAAACUCAGUCUAGAUGAGGAUUUGGUGUUCAGCCCCAAAGAUGCUCUUUUGCCAGCUUCUGCUGAUAGGGUUGCAAUGAGAAACAAGAAUCUCAAAAGCGGUAUGGCACAUUCAUAUUCAAGUCAAAGGGACAAGAACUUAUCCAGUCUUGCUGGACUUGCUGCAAAUAACCGGGGGUAUAGUGAGAGAAACCGGGAGUCGAAGGCAUUACUAGCAAACCAGGGAAUUCUCACUCAACUUUCAGAACAGAUUUCCUCACUAAAUGAUAGAAUGGACGAGUUCACCACCCGUAUUGAAGAGCUAAAUUCCAAAUUAAACAUUAACGAAAACUCUUCCGGCCAACAAAAACUGGGUCUCCAGCCUGAAGCGUGCAAUGGAUAUGCUUCUUCCAUGUCUUACUUCACCUCUGGUUUAAGCAAUGGCUCCUUGACUGGAUCCAAAAUGCACAAUUCCUCAUCUUCCUCUCAGUUGGCUAAGGAGUCACAAUUAAUGGAAGAGAUAUCUGGCAUUGUGCGGGGACAACGGCAAGUGAUGCACCAGUUAGAUACUUUAAGCAAUCUACUUCGAGAGAGUUUAGGACAGAGAUCUGAGCAAGUAAGAAGGGGCAGGAGAAGCAUGAUUCCUGAUAUUGAAAUUACGAAAAUUGCUGUUAUUUUGUCUGUUGGUGUUUUGGGAUUCAGCAUGUUGAGAAGGAUUUUCUAGUUGAAAAUAGGUUUGAUGCAGUGGAUUCACAUUUUUGUUCCUAGCUUGAGAAUUCUUUUCUUGUUUAAUAGUCCCAGUAAGUGAUCUGUGUUGCUUGCAGCCCUGCUGCUCGGCUAUAUGUCAAAUGAAAAUUUUAACCGAUCACUGUGAAAAUUUUCUUUCAAGUGUUGGGAGGCAACUAAGUGCCUUCCUCUUUUUUUC